AGUCGAAAGAUGCCCAGCCGGUUUGUAAAAUGACAAAACAUGUUUUGAGAAACCCGACCUCCUGGAAACCCGGCGCAAAAUUUUGUGAAUAAUCCAAAUUUUCAGUUAUAAACGCCACAAAACCGGGUUUUUAGGCAGUGUUUUCCGUUUCGUCGUUUCGAUUGGGAUUUAUUUAUAAAAAAAACUAUGUCGGUGGAACCUUCCUCGUAUCCAGACAAGUUAAAUCAAUAAUCAAAAGAAAAUUGGAGGAAUUAUGAGAGACAGCAAUUUUUAAAGGCAAGCGAAAAAGGCCCUAUUGACUAUGUCGGAACCGGAAGACCUCCUUAAGUCGUUCCAUCCGCCUGAAGAGGUCGAGAAUGUAAGGGUCGUCGUCAGGGUCAGGCCGCUGAACAGGAAGGAAAUUGAGUCCGGUUUCUCUUCGAUCGUCACUGUGAAUCGCAUUAAUGGCAGCAUCAGUGUCAAGCAUCCUCAGGGUGGGCCACAGGACCUGCCCAAAGUCUUCACCUAUGAUAUCGUCUUUGAUACCGACUCAAAACAGAUGGAUGUGUACAACGAGACAGCAAGGCCAAUUGUCGAAAAGGUUCUUGCCGGAUACAAUGGUACGAUAUUUGCAUACGGUCAAACAGGAACAGGGAAAACAUUUACGAUGGAAGGCGUCAAUACUGAGCCUGAGCUACGAGGAGUCAUCCCAAACUCUUUUGCCCAUCUCUUUGGCCAAAUUGCAAAAUCGAACGAGGAGACGAAGUUCCUUGUAAGGGUGUCAUAUUAUGAGAUAUACAACGAAGAAGUUAGGGACCUGCUCACAUCAAAUUCCUCAGCAAGCCUUGAGGUUAAAGAAAGGCCAGAUGUGGGCGUAUUCAUAAAAAACCUGACCACUUAUGUUGUCAACAAUGCAGACGACAUGGACCGAAUCAUGACGAUCGGUAACAAAAAUCGAGUAGUUGGUGCUACGGCGAUGAACAUAGAAAGUUCACGAUCGCAUGCCAUUUUCACAAUAACGGUCGAAACAUCUGUCCUUGGCAUCGACAAUCAGCACCAUGUCAAAAUGGGCCGUCUGCACCUCGUCGAUUUGGCUGGGUCGGAGAGGCAGAGUAAGACAGGAGCCGUAGGCCAGCGUUUGAAAGAAGCCACAAAGAUAAACCUGUCACUGUCCACACUUGGGAACGUCAUAUCUGCUCUCGUCGAUGGCAAAUGUACCCAUAUCCCAUACCGGAAUUCCAAGCUGACUCGGAUCCUGCAGGAUUCCCUGGGUGGGAAUGCAAAAACGGUCAUGUGUGCUACAAUCGGUCCGGCGUCUUACAACUACGACGAGACGAUUAGCACACUCAGAUAUGCGAGCAGGGCGAAGAAUAUCUGCAACAGGGCCAGAGUCAACGAGAACCCAAAGGAUGCACUGCUCCGACAUUUCCAGUCUCAGAUACAAGAGCUUAAAAAACAACUUGCUCAACAAAGUGUAGACGGAGGUGAGGUAAUAGCUGAAGAAGAGUCAACUGAAGAAGAAGAGCCCCCUGAGGAUUUAAAUAACAUAAAAGAAAAAAACAAGGAUUCAAAGUCUGACACCUCUUUUGACAAGGAAACAUACAAAUUGAAAGAAAUUAAUGACCUAGAACUUGAGAAAACAAAAAGUGAAACGGUCGCACUAAAAGAGAAACUGGAAAAUCUGGAGAGGAAGAUACUAGUAGGUGGUGAAAACCUACUGGAGAAGGCCGAAGAGCAAGAACACCUUUUGGAAUCUUCUGCAAAAGAAUUGGAAGAGAGGGUGCGAAGAGAAAUGGAAUUGCGUCAUCAGAUUGAAGAGAGAGAAGCUGAAAGAAUCGACAUAGAAGAGAAAUACUCAUCCCUACAAGAAGAAGCUGUAGGACUUACAAAGAAGAUAAGGAAAGUCUCCGCGCUUCUCACAUCAGCCAAAGACGAACUGAAGGACAUCAGGCAGGAGAACCAGAGGGAGAUGGAAGGGCUUUUGGACAAUGUGCGGGCGCUCACUAAAGAGCUCGCCUUGCAGGAAACAAUCGAGAAAAUGUUCAUACCAGACUCGUACCGGGAGCUAAUAGAGAAGCAUGCCUCUUGGAAUGAAGACAUUGGAGAAUGGGAGCUGAAGUGUGUCGCUUAUACUGGCAAUAAUAUGAAAAAGGCUGAUAUGUCAGAACAAACAGCAGUUAAAGUUGCUGAAGUGAUACCAGAUCUCUCGAAAGUCUACCUUUCGUACAGCACCGAGAGAGUGAUGACUGCGAAGCAGAGAGUGAAAUCCAGCAGGACAUACUUGGGCAGCCACAGCUAGUCACAGAAGGUUGUCCAUACACCCUAAACAUCUAGUCACAUUGCAAAAGACAUUCCAUAAGCGCUUUGAUUUGAUUUAUGAGUUUUUUAAUGUAUAUUAUUUGUUGGAUUAAAUUUGUUUAUUUUUGUUUUUGUUAUUUUUGUAAUUAAAUUCUAUAUGGAAAGUACUUUAAGUAACACAAUAUUCGAAAAGCUGGCUUAUUCUAUUAAUCAAAUAAAUUGGGAGAUUAUUUAUGA